AUGGCACGCCUGUCAGCCAAUGUGGCACUGAGAGGAGUAGCCACACAGUCUGGAGAACCAGCUUCUGCAGCAACAGCUCCACAAAUGGCCAUUGAUGAAGACAGUGGGAAGGAUCCACAAAGCACCUGUGCUUCAGUUCCACUGCAAGACAACCCCUGGUGGCAACUGGACUUGAGGAGUAUCUACAAAAUAACAGCUGUGUCUGUCACCAGCAUCAGCGACUGCUGCUCACAGGAGCUGGACGGUGCUGAGAUCCGCAUCGGUCUCAAAAAUGACACCAGCAACCAGAGGUGUGCCAUCAUCUCCAUUGCAACGGGACAGAGCAAAUACAACUACCAGUGUGGAAUAAUGGAAGGUCGCUUUGUCCAUGUUGUUCUUCCUGGACUACAGAAGAAAUUGACACUUUGUGAAGUACAGGUGUAUGUGCUUGGUAAGCUGCACACAUCAUGA